AUGGUUAACACUUGGUCCGAAAAUCCAGAACUCAUUACUCCAAAUUUCACCGCUAGAGUGACUCCACCCCGCACGACGAACCCUUCCGUUGUCGACCGGUCUUUCGACGCUUCAAUUUUCCAAUCGGCUGAAAACUCUUUCAUCGGUAUGGCCGACAAUUCUACCAACUCUCCAUCUGUGCCUAGCGGGCAAAACCAAAUCCCUUUCCCCUCAACAUCCACCCCUCAACACACUCCUCAAGAUCCUCCGAUGACUCAUCCAAGCACUCCUGAAGAACAUGCGAACAGUCGGGAACCGGGCAAGUUGACCGAAGAGACCAAAGACGGCCAAUCGAUUCCGUCGCGUUCCCUGGAGCAAAUCAUCGCCGGGGAACUAGAGAAGUCAGGCCUCUCUGGAAUCGACGAUAACCUCUUGAAGGUUCUUUUGAUCAGAAAUUUGACUCGUAGCCAUAUCGACUCUGAGCAGGCGACUGUGUCGUCUAAGUCGCUCGUUUGA